AUGGGCAACGAGCUCGACUACAUGCUGGAUCGAAGCUACACAGCAGCCUCGCGCCUCAAUUUUCAAUUCUAUUUAUGGAAAGAAUCACUCCAAUUCAACCUCCACCCCUCCAUCGACCUCGGCCCUGCCGGUGAGACCGUCAGAAUCGCCGAUCUAGCCACGGGCACCGCAAUCUGGCUCUGCGACCUUAUGCGGGACCCAGCCAUGACGCCAUACACUCUGCAGCUGGACGGUCUGGACGUGGACCUGAAAAAUGCCCCUGUACUUGAAUGGGUGGCGCCUUCCAUCAGUCUUCGCCAAUGGAACAUCUUUGACGAAGUCCCUGACGACCUGCGCGGAAAGUACGACGUCGUCCACCUACGCCUUCUCGUCCUGGUCGUGCAGGAGAGCAACCCUCUCCCCAUCAUCGAUAAAGUUUUCCAGCUCCUGAAACCAGGUGGAUACAUCCAGUGGGACGACCUGAACUAUCCCGACACGAUUGUGGCCAAGCCCCCCACUGCGCACCAAAGCAAUCAGGCCAGCCCAGCGUGCGAUGCAUUCGUGCAAUUUGCCCAGUCCAACGGCCGUAAUGAUUGGGUGCUGGAUCUGCCACAAUCGUUGAUGGAGGGGCAUGGUGGAUUCGUUAAUGCCGAUCUGUUUCAUUUUAUCGAUCGGCCGGAACUCUGCAAGGCGAAUGGAGACCAGUAUAUACUCGUGCUAGAGGAAUUUGCAGCUCGGCUGAAGUCUGCGGGAAAGGUGAAUGAGACGUCUCGUAUCUAUGACAUGAUUAUUGGGCUCGCUGAAGAAUCGCGACGGGGGUUCCACUUGUCUAUGCCGAGGGUGCUUUUUAUGGCCGAAAUCGACACAUCAGUCUGGUACAAAGCAGAUAUAGGCCCUCGCCUCAGCCAGCCCAUGCGGGAUAUUUUCUCUCAAUGGAGCGGUAUAAGCGAGGGUCAGCUUGAUGCCCAUCUUCACGCUGUGCGCGACAAAGCGUGGCAAUACGGCAAAUACCCCUGCGUAGGCCAGUGGAUGUUCCUGCUGCCCGGCAUUGCCAAGUUCCCCCAAUUCCCUGCUGUCAUCGAUCGCGCCCUCCAACCAAGCACAACCAUCAUCGAUCUCGGCACGGGGCUAGGUCAGAAUCUGCGUUUGUUCGCCGCGAAUGGCGUCUCUCCCUCUCAGAUGUGGGCCCUUGAUCUGAGUCCCGAGUUGUGGCAGUUAGGUUAUGAACUGUUCAACGAUGACGAUCGAAUGAAGGGUGUCUCGUUUAUCCCCGCCCAGUUCCUCACCGAUGAACCGGAGCAGCUGAAAAAGCUCCGCGGAAAGAUAGACAUCAUGAUCGCGGGGCAAUUUCUCCAUCUUUUUUCCUGGCAGGGGCAGAUUGACGCUGGAAAGCGGAUUGUUGAGCUGUCCCGGCCAGGUACCAUCCUUAUCGGAUAUCAGCAGUCGCGUCGUGCCGCGAGAGAAUACAUCCGGCCCUGGGGGAUGAUGUUUUACCAUAAUUUAGAGAGUUUUCAGAAACUCUGGGCGCUUGUGUCGGCAGAGUCAGGGACACAGUGGAAGGUUGAAGCCACCUUGGUGGAUUUGGUAGAUUGGGGUAUGGAGACCGAAGAUACCCAGUGGAUGCCGCCAGACCACCAGGGGUUGAAUUUCUAUCUCACUCGGGUGCGAUGAUGUGUGAUGUUCCGAUGAGGAGCGGAGAUCAUUUCCCUGCAGAACCUGGUUUUUCACGAGUCUCUCCACCCAGCUGAAAUAUCUUGGUUGCUGAAGACGGCCCGCUGAACUGCUGGAGAACAGAAUCCAGAACGAUCCACAUAGUUCAUUAAUUGAGCCAAUAAGUC